UAUCGUUUAUGUAUCAAGCACCUUAAUAACAUUGCUGUUUUUCACCAGGUGAAUACGUAUACCUUUGCUAGUUAUAAGCUGAAUGUUUAUAAAAGUUUUUAAAAAUUCUUUUUAAUGGUCCUCUUGUUAUAUAGUAUCGAAGUGGUAAGACUCUUGGAGCUGGUGUUGGGUGCCAGCCAAUGUAGGUUUUCAGAGUGGUGAGGGAAAUCAUACCUACCAACCUGGUAGACCGGCACGAUUUCAGUCACUCACAGACAAGUUCAAAAAUUUACAUAUUUGUACGCCCGAAACCGGUUGGCUGUAGUUUAAGGAAAUAGAAAGAAACCUUUACUCUGUAUGAGGAUUGUACACUAAAUGCCUUGUACCUGCCACAAUUUCCAUCAUAGUAGUAUUUCGAUAUCUUCUAUCCAGGUUUACCUAGUCAGCAUUGAAGAUCUGACUUGUUCCCACUGUAGUAGAAAAGAAAAAAGAUUUUAAAUCAAUCAAGAGAAUGAUCCACCCAGAUUGUCAUUAAUAUGCACUUUAGUUAAGAACCUCUUUUAUCUUUUAGGAAAAAGUAGGGUGAGAAGAGCCCUGAAAAAACAAGUUGAUGGAAGAGUGUCAGUGCCUGUCCCAAGAAAUAACCAGAAACUUAGGACGGAUAUUAAAGAAAGAAUAGCUUCUGGGAAGUUCAAUCUCGGAUCUCCUGUUCUAGACACUGAGUAUACAAAAGUUGUUCUCCCUUCAGAAGGUAAAAUUGAAAAGAAAGCAUGCAAAGUCUCAGCAAGAAAGUGCCCCCUCAGACAAGUCUGAGAAGAACGCGUGAAAAGACAGAUCUCCUGAGAUUGAGAAGCGAUGAAGAGUAUGCCAACAUGAACACCCAGCAGCUUAAGGCAAGGCUCAAGUCUCUUCAUGAACAAACCACUGCUAUGACACAUGAUGAACUCUGCAAGCAACCAAAAACGAGGGAAAGAAGCAGACACUGGCUAAUAUGGCAUGACCAUUCUAACAUAGCAGGAGCAGGAUUAUGUUGUUCCUUCUUAGAGAAAUCUAUGAUCCUGCUGUACAUCUUACUAACCAGGAGUACAGGAAAAAGAGUAAUGGAAAAGCCAUACAUGUUCAGUCUGCUAUAGAAGCUCCACAUCUUUACAUGCUGGGUGCCUCAGGUGCGAAAGAUGCUGAUCAGCUAGCAUUUGUGCCAACAUGUAGAGAGUACUUGAGCUACAGUCGAACCUGUAUAUAA